CGUCACUGGCACCUGUCACGUCUGACAUUAUUGUCGAGAAUUCGUAUUCGGAGCCUUUCGAGUUUCGCGUUCAUAGUUCGUAAACGCUCGCGAAUGUUGUAGGUGGAGCUCAUAUUUUUUAGUUUUUGCGCUCUCGUUCCACUUUUCGAAAGUAUCUUUUUAUCAUUUCAAAAUUCAAUGCUGUGUGGUGUGAUUACCUUGAUAUUCGUUUUCUAAAGUGAUGUGUGAAAGCUGUAUAGAAUUCGUAUUGUGAAUAUGAUGUCACUUUUAUUCUGCGUGAUACCUUGAAAACAUGAGUGUUAGUGUUGAGGGGGACGUGUCGAGUCCUCUGUCGGACGGGCAGGACGCGACCAUCUCCAAGUCGUCGUCGGAUAGCUUGAAGAUCGACGAAGAGCCAGUUCGCGAUGACAAAUCCGAGCCCAGCACUCCGAAACCGCAUCCGAUGGCCUUUACCAUCGACUUCGGCGCGGCCAAGCCUGUGGACACUCGGAAACUUGAGGAGCUAGCGAAGAAGUCGCAGGCUCGCCACCAGAGAGUCCAGUCGAUGUCUGCGAGCCUCCACAGACCAAGUCCGACCCUGCAGCGGCCCCCGAUGAGCGCGAAGCUCCCCCGCAAAGCUCAAGGGUACAACUCGGAAGGCUACUUCUCCUCAGACCAGGAAGACAGCGGCCUAUCAGGCUCAGUGAAGCUCCGGAACAGUCCAUUAGCACAAAACGCUUCGCACAUAACAAGUCCUGUUACAAAUAGACAUAGUAAGUCCCCUGUCACUGACAAUGUCCUGCCAAAACGCACGUCCAAGAGUCCUAUAGUUGAUAGUAUAAUGUCUAGGAGUGAUAACUUUACCUCUCGUCAGGGGCUGAACUUGCCACUGAAGAGUACUUCUUACGUGAGAGAGGUGCACAGAACACCUAGCUAUGGGAACAUAAACAGGCAUGCUAUGGCUGAUAUCAUAGACCAGAGUCCUGAGGGAGUGAUGCUGACAGACAUAUCCAGUCCUGAAUUAGAUAUCCUUACACCUGAUAAUGGGUUGUCCACUCCAGAACACUCUAAAAGUCCUUUGAUUCGCAAAAGUAGAGCUUCCUCUGAGACCCCUGACUUGUUUAAGAAGUGUAUUGCAAAAGAACCGCUGUACAUUGAUGAUGACGUUGAUGCUCAGUCUGAUAACUCCUCGACUGGUACAUACACAAUAGAAGGAGAUAACUAUACUGAGGAACAGAAGGCAAGGAUGAGUAUCGACAGGAGUUUCGGUGCACCUUCCCUAUCAAAUGCUCUUGAUGAAAGUAAGAAGAAAGGCAGUGAAUGUGAUCCUGAGCUUGUCUUUGACUUCCCCAACCCUCAGAGAGUAAUAACUAAAGAACCGAGAAGAGAUAUUGGUCUCCGUAGUCCUUUAUUAAACCAAUCAUUUGAAAUACCAAAAGUUUCUAAGGACAAAAAUGUCUUAGAGAUUUCAUGCUGUUAUGAAUCACCAACUGAGAAUGACUUAGCAGCUCAAACGUCCAAACAAAUUAAAUCCACAAGGAGCUAUUUAGAAAAAAUAAAGAAUAGAGUGAGGACUAUUACUGAAAAGACCUUUGCGAAGUCACCUCCUAAGCAUGAUGAUGUAGACGUUGGCAGUUUUACAUCGGUCACAACAUCCGGUGUUCUUAGCUCUAGAAUUCCUCCUAAGAUAGAGCCUGUGCUCCGUCGUUGUAGCUUGACCAAGUCGGAGAUAGACCAGACGGACUACAUCCACCGAUUGUCCCGUGAAUCCUCUGUCCCAGUGUCCUUACCCAGUAAUAAGUUAGGUUUGGAGGACGCUAAAUUUGAGAGUACCGCAUUGAAAAACGCACAGAAAGCUUUGAGGGAGGAAUGUGGGGUGUCUUCGGACAUGACACCGGAGCAAGUUGUGGGGAAGCUGUCGUACUUGAGCCUGAACCGCUGCAAAGGGGAUAAGACCUGGAUCCAGGACUGGGCGGAGAGCGUGAAGAAGUAUAACAUCAAUAGUUUGACUAAAGAAGACGUUGUUAUUGAUGAUAGGCCUCCGCUGAGUCCGAGGCAGCUGGCUGUUAAAUGCCGCAGCCCGCAUGCGGGGACGCCCACCAAGAUACCGAGUCCCGUUGGCACGCUCCUAUCUAGGAGAACUCCGGACCUAAUCCCCACGCAAGAUACAGAAGCGUACCUCCAAAAAACUCAAAACGCCAUCACAAACUUACAAGCGAAGCUCCAGUCUUCCAGAACAAACAAUUUCAGCAGCAUUCCUUCAGCACUCACCUCUAGUCUCAUCAGCGAGAAGACCGCCAUCUCUCGUCUCCCGAUCUCACAGCUCAGUAGGUCCAAUUCACUCAACUACCGUCUAAGAAGGAAAGACCACUCAAACGACAGCAGUCCUCUAAGAAGUCCCGGCCACUACGUCAUCACAGGGUCCACUAAAGUCCCCGAUAGCACGAAAAUUCUGCUAAACUCCGCAUCACGGUCCUUAGAUACAGAUAGGAGGCAUGAUAUGAACAUGAAUAGUCCGUCCUCAGAUAGAGGUUUACUAAGCAACAGUUCUGAUGACAAAACACUGUCGAACAGACCUCCUUAUGACGUAGACGCGAUCUUAUCACCUCAUAGAAAAACGCACACGCGGAACAGGGCUUUCGAAAGCCAAGCCAAUGAUGUUAGCAACGCUAACCCCACUGUUUGCCUCAAGACUGUCCUGAAAAACAACGCCUUAGAAUCCAAGUACCCCCGUAUCGAACAAACUCGUUGCCAAGGAGACAAGAAAAGCCACCAGAGAGUACUAAGCGAUGGACUCAAAUAUAAAUCGAAUAACAUCGGUUUCGGGUCAUCGAUUAAAAGAUCGAGUUCCUUCAACACUGUCAAUAAGAACAACAAUUAUAUCGAUCCUAGAAUCACUUCGAGAAGAUCGAGUGGUCAUUCUGAAGAGUAUAAGGAUUAUUCGGAUGAAUCUGAUAACGGGUCUUACGAUAAAUCGCAAGAUUGUAGGUAUAAGAGGCAGAUUAUGAAUAGAGGGAGAAUCGAUUCUCCAGAUUUGAAAUCUAUAGCGCCUGCUAACUCGCCAAGAAGAUGUCCAAAUACUCCUGAAAUGCAUCGGAAAUUCGGUCCGGGAUUGGUCAGGAAUUCCGUUAGAGUGACGAAUAAGGAGCGUUUGAGUCCAAGGGUUUCUGAGCAGCCAAUCGUGAGGGAGGAGAGAGUGAAGCCAACCAAUCACCAGAGCCGGCGAUCAGCCGAGCCGAGACAGACCACGAUAAACAGGCUGACCAAAUCUAGGUCUUCGACGCGGGAAGUGCAGCCUAAACAUCUAGAUAAAGGUCAAAAAAAGCCAAGUCAACACCGUUCUUCAUCAGCCCUAGCGUCCAAGGAGAUCGAGUUCUCCAACUGGAAGAAGCGAGCGUCCUACGACCCCAUGAAGGCAGCACAAGAAGAUAAGAGAAGAAAGCAGUUAGCUAAGCGACAGGAUUGUAAUAAGGAUGAUCUUAGUUCGCCUAGCCACUCUUCACCCGUCCACCGCUCCCAAUCGUUCCACACCACGAACAUAGCUGAUCUCGAGACCCUGGACUACUCCUCCGAGGAGACAGAAGAUGACCAGCUCCUCGUCACAUUGCCGGUAGACCCCAUGAUCACGUCCACGCAUUCCGACAUACUGGAUCUCAGGCCUAAAGACUAUAGCAAUCUUAGGAGGCAGGCCAUGACCAAUGAUGUGGUGUUUUCUAGGGAUUACGUCACUAAUUUCCAGAUAAACCAAUCUUCCCACGCCGAAAAGAAACGCCGCGACGCUCGCGAAGCGGAAAAAAGAAAAACAUUUAUCAUCGAUGACAUAACGCCAACCAAAGAGAAUAUAGACUUUUUAACAAAGACAAGAGAGGACGCCAUAGCGGAUAAACGUAAAACCUUCAUACUUGAUAGUGAUACGAAUUCUACGACGAAUGGCAGUAGUCCUCGUAACUCUUCGAUAUUUAGUCAUGAGAAGAAUUCUCUUACGACUGGUACUAGUGAUACGGAGGGGGAGAGUGGCACUGAGAGUGCUCCCGUCGUCAUGCGACAUGCGCAAGGGAAGAGAACUACACCCGCGCAGGCUAAGCAGAGGUACAGCGGUGACUACUCGAUGUCAUCGUCGACGACUUCCAUCAGCCAGCGCAAGGCGGUGCAGCCGCGCUACCUGGACAUCUCCAAGUACAAGAGCGAGGCGUCCAACAAGUUCCUGCGCCGCGACCCCAGCAAGACCUACGUCGGGGUCCUGCCGGAUAAACCCGUCAGUCGGGGCAGUGCACAGCAUUAUGAAAUGGAACAAAAGAAACAAGAAUUAGAGAAGUGGAAACGAAGGGCUUCGUACGACCCGAGAAAGGCGGCUGCACUCGGGAAGUCGACUAAAACGCCGUCAAAAACCGCUAGAGCGUGACAAAUCUCAAAAUGCAUGCAAUUCCGUGUAAGUGACACGCUGGCCGCCAUCUUGACGUGUAAGUAGCGUGCUCCGUUCGCAAUCGUUCCACGGUCCGGUGUCGGCGUACCCGGGGCUUCGCCCCCCGCCGCCCGACCAGAUCUGCGAGGCCUACGACGCCUCUAGCGACAACGAUUUCUAACGACACCGUCGACUUCGACUUGUGAUAACCGCGUUUGGAUAGACUAGUCUUUGUAGUGUUUGUAAUAAUACAAAAAUCAUUAGAGCCAGAUGUUAACGUUCCCUAAAUACCUCUGAAAUGUAUUUAAAAGGCUGACAACACUCAAUAUUUUUGUCCAAUCAGUUAUUGACGGUGAAAAAAACAAAUAUUAAUCUUGAACAUAUUUUCGAAAACCUUGUAAACAAAACGUUCUUACGUAUUUUGUUUUGGCUGUUGUCAGCGUCUUAAAAAAUCUUUGUGUCUAAAACAUUAGGGGUGAUUAAUUUAGUCAGCGUUAAUCCAGGCGUUACUUAUAAAAUUGUAUCGUUAAUGAUUUAAGAAUGAUAUUGUCAAAAUGAUCUCUUAUUUUUGUUGUUAUUUUUAAUGGUUUUUGUAUUUCUACAAAUAAAGGGUACAGCGAAGUGUUCAUACUAAGUGUUAGUGUUAUAUUAGAGUUUGUUGUCGGUAAUAGAAUACGUUUUGUAUUGUCAUCGACACGAAUUUUGGAUAAGACCAAUAGUGUGACGGUUUUGCAUAAUAAUGCUGGAUCCUAAAUUGUUUUAGUCAGUGUAAUAGCGCGGUAAUGUAGCUUCGAACAAGUCUCUGUAUUAUUAUUUAUGAAUUUGUUACAAUAUCGUUUUUUGAAAAUGUUAGAACUCUAGUUUGUUUUCGAAGCAAGAAGUACAUUAAGUUUUUUUUUGUUUUGUAUAAAGCUUUUCUUGUCGAUUAUAAAUGUUAAGAAAUGAUAUUGUAACAUUUGUCAGGCGUUUCUGUAUUUGGGCGGUGAUUAAAAUAAUUAGAAUAAAUGAAAUGAAAAAAAUAUAAAAUAGAAAGAAAACGAUAGACUUAUAGUUGAUUUAUAAGUUUCAAUGCAAUAAGUGGUUCGAUCAAAUUAACUUAUGUAUUCAAUUUUGAUGCUUCAAGUUGAUUAAGUUAAAUAGAUUAGUUAUUUAUUUGUUUACUUGUCAAAUAAAUAAUACGGAUUUUAAAACUGUAAAAUUAAAUAAAAAAAUACAAAUUAUCGUAAUUUUUCCUUCGAAUACAGAACCGUGACAAUUUUAAAAGCGUGAUUUAUGAAAUUACAUUCAUGAUUUUUAAUUACCUGACGAUUAUUCAGAAAAUAAACAUAGUUUGGGAGCGAUGCAAUCCUUUAAUUAAUAUAUUUUUUUAAGUUAUUCAGCACAAAACGAAAUUCUUUAAAAUCGCUUUAAACGCAUCGCUGUUCAUUUAAGUUAUAUUUUUUUAUACCGAACUACUCGAUAUCUUUUUUUUUUGUAAAAUAUUUUUUUCUCGUAACAUUAAGGUUUAAUUAAGGAAGCAUAUUAAAUAAUAAUUAAAUGUGAUUUAAUUAAUAAUGCCUACAAUAUCUUUAGGAUUGGCUAUUAUUGUUUACCACUAAAAGUGUAUGAGAUUUUUUGUCUGUAAUGUCCAAUUUAGAUGAAUGUAGAUUUCCGCUAACUUUAUCAUAUUAUUAUUAUGAAAUAUCCUUUUAUAUUGCUCAUAUCAUUGAUACAUCGAUGUAUUUUAGAAAUAUUUAACCUUUUUAGUUUUAGUUUUUUUUUGUAUAGUGCAAUACCACAUCACAAUUAAAACUUUCUUAAAAUACGAACAAAUUGUUUCUUUUAUUUUUUUUUUUGUAUUUUUUGAGUAUUCACAUGUAUUAUUGGUUAUAUAGGUACUCGAUAUUUCAGAAGAAAUUGUUAUUUUUGUGUGUUUUUUUUUUCACAGCAUAGCAGAAUAGUUGAGCACUGUAUUUUUUGCGAAUUUUUCAUAGACGCUGUGGAAAUUACGAGAGAAAUAAAACCUAAGAAUUGUGCGUAUUUUAGUUAUUUCUGCCAGGCUAUAGACUGCACCUACUGACGCUUACGCGAUAUUUUAUGUAACUUUAUAAAUAGGAAUAAUAACUCUUUACUUCAAAAUUUUAUUCCGAUUUUCAAAUCAAUGUUUUUUUAACUAAUAGCAGGAACAAUAAAAUUCCCAAUUAUUCCACUACGUUUAUAAAUUGCAGUAAAAAGUACUUAUUUUUGUAUUUAUUUUAAUUACUUUAAUGGCUUAACAUUUUGAAGUAAAGAGCCUGCAAAUCUAAAUCAUAACCCAAAAAGUCUGCUAAUUGUUUCAAAAAUAAAUUGUAAGAUUUAUUUACAAUGUUGCCACAUUAACAAAAAGGUUCUAUAAAGAACUGAUGACACCGAUGUUUUUUUGUGGUGGGAUUGUGAAUAUUUUAUCUCAAUUUUGAGUAGUGAUUAACUAUAAUACUAGUAGUAACUUGAGCCUGGCUUUAUUUCGAAAAAACGCAAACUGUACCAUAAUCGCUGCAAGCGGAAUAUUUGUAAACAUAAUUGAUGUUUAGAGUUUUGUAAAAAUAUUAUUUAAAUAGGAAACAAAUAAAAAGAACGUUUAAAAUUAAA